UUGUGGCAUUAGGUGGGAAAGUACAUUUUUAGCAACUUUGGGUUGGAUAGGAAAGUAGAGAAUGAAGAGUCCUCUGUCCUUCCAGCUUCCUUGAGAGAAAGAGAGAAGAGAAUGGGAGAAACCGGUAUCAUUCUCAGCUUCCCCGGAAACUUAGACCCGAGAGCAGAAGAGUUCAGACCCAACACCAUAAAUAUUCAAUGCCAAUGGUACCCUCUUCCUCUUCCUCUUCCACUUCCCAUACCCCUCCCUCCUCCUAACCUCACCACCUCCUCCACCCGCUCCCUCCUCCUCACCCCGGUCCCUCUCACCUCCCACUCCGCCCUCCGAGCCGAGCUCCAGGCCUUCGGUGACAUCAGAGCCCUCCAAACCGAAGCCCUCCGCCACGGCAUUCUCACCGUCCACUUCUUCGACCUCCGCCAUGCACAAUCCGCCUUCGCCGCCAUCCGCUCCAUGCAACUCCACUUCCACCCCAACCCUGGCCUCCUCUCUGCCCACUACGUCCUCCCUAACUCCAACUCCCUCCCCGACUCCCACAACCAAGGCACCCUCGUCAUCUUCAACCUCCACCCCAACCUCUCCUCCGACCAACUCCGUCGUCUCUUCCAACCUUUCGGUCCCAUAAAGGAAUUGAGAGAUACCCCAUGGAAAAAGAAUCAAAGAUUCGUGGAGUUCUUCGACAUAAGAGACGCCGCCAAGGCCUUGAAACACAUGAACGGCAAGGAAAUUGACGGCAAACAGGUUGUUAUUGAGUUCAGUAGACCCGGUGGUCACACCCGUAAGUUCUUCCAUCAUCAUUCCAAAACCACAGUACCUCCUCUCAAUUUCAAUGCUCCUCGCUUGCAUUCCUCUCAGAAGAAAUCACCGGGAAGUCCCAGCAAUAGUACGGGAUCUAUUGAUGCGGAAAUGGGGUCAAUGAGUUUGACCGGAGGAGAAGUUGAAGAGCAGCAUUCUUCUUCACAAGGCCCCACGCGGAGGAAUCUUGGCAGAAAGCACACCACACUAGUAGUAGGAAACACCAAGCAACAACAAGUACCUAGAAGUAGGCACUGGAAGGGAAAACAAGCGAAGAAACACGAAACUCGGUUUCUAAUCAAAGAGGACGCCAUUGUAGAAUCUGGUCCCAAAGAUACUAGAACUACUGUCAUGAUCAAAAACAUUCCCAACAAGUACAGCCAGAAGUUGCUAUUAAACAUGCUGGAUAACCAUUGCAGACACUGCAACGAGCAGAUUGCAGACGGCGAAGAGCAGCAGCCUCUGUCCUCCUACGACUUCGUGUACCUCCCCAUUGAUUUCAACAACAAGUGCAACGUGGGAUAUGGGUUUGUGAACAUGACAUCCCCGGAGGCAACACUCAGGCUCUACAAGGCCUUCCAUCUUCAACAUUGGGAGGUUUUCAAUUCAAGAAAAAUCUGCGAAGUCACCUAUGCUAGAGUUCAGGGUUUGGAAGCAUUGAAAGAGCACUUUAAGAACUCAAAGUUCCCAUGUGAGAUGGAGCAUUACUUGCCAGUGGUGUUUUCACCGCCUCGAGAUGGGAAAGAACUGACGGAGCCACUUCCACUAGUGGGGAACAAGCAGCAGCAACAAGCCAUUCCAAUUCCAAUCUCAAGUGGCGGUGAUGGUGACGUGGCUAGCAGCAAAAGUGGCGGCUUAGGUGGUGAUGAUGAGACAAAUGAAGAAGAAGUGGCCUAGUGAGUUCUCAAGGGUAGUGUUGUGAUUGUGAAUCAGUGUUAGCAGGAGAACCAGACAGACAGCAUUUAAGGUGGUUGAGCAACGACCCACACCUCUGUUCCAACCAACCUACAACUACAGCAACCAUUUCUCAAUCUCUCUCAUCAACUCAACCUUUCCUCCAUUAUCUUUAUUUUUUCUUUUUUAUAUUUUCGUUUCCUGCUUUUGUCUAGUGAAAUUUAAUUUCUAGUUUUUUUUUUCUUUCUUUUCUUUCAAUCACUUGUUUUUGUUUGUAUUGUAGUUGUAGGUUCUGACGCUUCAGAUGUACUGUAGUAGUAUUUAGUUUGCCUGUUAAAUUUUCAAGAAUUUCGAUAGAAAACUUUAUAGAUAUCAUAGAAAAACUUGAGUUGGUGCUUGGCCAUUACUACUACGUUUAGAGAUGCUGAUGAACCACUGAGCAAAUUAAGCGGAUGUGAUUGUGUUAA